UUGUAUUUUUAUUUUUAAUUAGGUAAACCAUUCAGAUUUUAGACUACUAUAUUUUUCGUGUUUAAUACCUAUUCCAUAUUUAUUAUUUAUAGUAUUCUAGUAUCUAACUUGUGUUUUACUAAUUUGUCGUCACUUAUACCUUAGUCCGUGCUUGUCGUGAAAGAAUUUAAUCGAAGUUUUCAUAUAAUUUAUUAAAGAUUUAUUUAUUUUUAUUUUUUUAAAUCGACGAGUGUAAACCACCUUUUGAUUAUAUCAAAUAUGGAAUUUGUUUUAUUCGGUUUCACUCAACUAAAAUCUGUCGGACCAAUUAAAUGAACAUUGUGACACAAAAUUAUUGUUUAUUUAUAAAUAUGAACUUAAUAGUAUAAAUAAUAAAAAACAAUAUGGAUAAAAAAAAAUUGAUUGCUCUACAGCCAUUUGAAUUGCAUAAAGAAUUAUUGGACAAGUAUCUAGAGUACUGCAAAUUCAUUGAUUCUAAAAAACGUGAGAAACGUGAUUUCGAUGUUAUACAAGAAAACCAUAAGUUUGUAUGGGAAGAAGAAGACGAAGCUUUAACUUGGGAGCAGAAAUUGGCUAAGAAGUAUUAUGACAAGUUGUUCAAAGAAUAUUGCAUUUGUGACUUGAGUUUAUAUAAAAAAUCUAAGGUAGCAAUGCGUUGGCAAACUGAAGGUGAAUUAGUCAGUGGUAAAGGUCAGUUCAUUUGCGGCAAUAAAAUUUGUGAUGAAACAUCACAUCUGCGGACAUGGGAAGUCAAUUUUAAUUACAUGGAACACUCCGUGCCAAAAAACGCUCUAGUCAAACUAAGGUUAUGUAUGGAUUGCUCCAAUAAAUUAAAUUAUAAACACAAAAAGAAAGAAGUGAAGCGCCAAAUUUCCAAAUCGAAAAAAAAUAAAUCGAAACACUCUAACAGAGAGCGAGAAAAAUCCAUUAGUCGACCAACUACUAACGUUCAGAGUGAAGCACCAGUAACUUCUAAACUAGCAAUUGAAGAUAAUGUUUGGAGUGAACAGCUACAAGUAGAUGAAGAAAAACCAAGAGAGGAUGAUUUUGAAAAUUACUUAGAACAACUGCUAUUUUAAAUAAAGUUUUACAUUUUAUUGACUCA